GGAUCCGUUUGAAUAGACCGGGCACCUCGUGAGCCGCUGCCGUUGCGGAUGCGAAUUGUAGGCGUGGGUGUAGACAUACUCAUUGGUACACGCUUCGUUGAAGUGCUCAAGAGACGAUCUCCUGCUCGGCUCGCCGCGCGCAUCCUCACAGACAGCGAAUACCAAGACUUCGAGUCUUUGCCAAGCGACAAGACAGCGCAAUGGCUCGCAAACAGGUGGGCAAUCAAAGAAGCCGUCUUCAAGGCAUGCUCGUCCCAAGAACGGCUAAGCUGGAAGCAAAUCGAAAUCUACAAAGACGAUGAUGCACCAAAGGCUCGCUUGAUCCAUGACAUGCACACGAAGCUGCACAACGACCCUGAUGCCUGUGACGAGCAUCUCCCGGAUAUCGUCACUUCAAAGGGGUCGCCUAUCGCUUCAAUCAGCCGUGCCAGCGCCCGUGCAGCAGAGCGCUGGCCCGAGGCACUCAGCCGCGGCAACAGCAGGGCGCAGAUCAGACAUCAGAUGUUUAUGCCUCCGCUGCAAGGGAUGCUUCACUUCACUCAUGAACUGCCCGAUGCUGCGCCUUACAGCCUUGAGACCUCACUCAUGCGACUGGCGUUGUUGACCGCGUUUCGCGAGCAUUUAUACUUGCCCAUCAUGAGCUCCUACAGACGGCAGAGUGUCUUGGUCGACGACAUGUUCGGCCUUGGCCUGACCUUCGCUACAGCUAGUCCAUCGAGAGCGCCAGAUCAAGGCACGCCGAUUCACGCUCGGUUUGCUAGACAACAGGCACAUGCAGCCCAGACCAUCGUUCAAUACGACGACCAAGACGAGUCUGAUGCUGAGCAAGCAGCAGACGAGCCAGACGAGAGCCUAUACAGAGACUACUACUCGCCAGAAACGCUUGCAUCGGUGUUUGAUGCGCCCGACUCGGCCUCCAUUGCGGAAACAGCAGCAACAAAACUCACCUUCACUGGACUGGCGCCUGCCCGAGCUCAACAUACGAGGGCAGCGUCCACAGCCUCCAAAGCAACCUACAUGACGGAUGUCACGAUGCCCUAUGAUCAUCAAGGCUCGAUCACUUCGAGGCUAAAGGUCGAUGAACGCACGAGUCGCCUGAGUCGGCCGAAGAGUAUGCUUGAGCUCGCACAACUCUAUGCCGAACCUGAAGACAGCCGCUCACAUCGCUUAGAUCAGUGGAUAGCGGCCUCCUCCCAAUCUAUCGUCAAGCCGCGUCAGGAGGCUCAGCCCGACUUGCCUGCCGCUGUGUCGCUCAAGAAGGCACAGUCGAUGAUGUCGCUCAGACCGAGCGAAGCCGCUGCGAGCGAAUCAAACCUGAGAAGACCUCCGAACACAUCGCAUGUACAGCGGCAUGGCACAUUGCUCUCGACGGGUACUAGCCCCGCUCGACAUAGCAAGGAGCUCGGUCGCAUACUCGAUCCCACGUCUACCCCUGCACGCAGUAUGUCAGCACAGCUGCCAAGUCUGUCAGCUUCUGUCACAGUCCAUAGACCGAGACCGCAGGCACAGCUCGAGCAACAGGUCAGCAAGAAGGCGCGAGUCGAGCUCGAUUUUGCACUCGAAUCUGCUUUGAUCGUUGAAGGCGGAUCUGUGAGAGGAACGAUGGAAAUCAGAACGGCCAAAUCGGCCAAUGCGGCUGACCAGGUCUGGCUGAGCAGGCCAAAAGCACGCAUCGUUGGCUUUGAGGAGAUCUCAUCUCCAAAUGUUCGUCACAUCAUCUUCCAGCACACUGACAGCAUUGCAUCGCCUGAUGGUGCCGACACGUUACCCUGCUUCGACUCUGAGCCCGAUGCUGAAGGAUUCAGUCGGGCAAAGACCGGUUCCUUCGCAUUUCCUUUCCAAAUGGAUCUGCCUGUUAGUAGUGGCGCAAAGGGCCCAUCUCGCAACAAGCAGGGUCUUGUGCGAUACAUCAUCAUCGCAUCUAUCAAGCUCAAAUCGGCAGCAAGCGGUACAACCAGAUCGAUUGCACACUUUUACAGACACAUCGAAGUUUAUCCUUAUUUCCAUCCUUCGGCCAUAUUAGCAUCGUCUCUCAAGCCCAUCGUCGCAACAGCAUCCAAGACGCUCUUUAUGGGUGGCGAUGGCAAAGUCAAUGUGGAGGCCAGCCUGCACCGGCCUGUGUGGAUCGCAGGACAGCAAUGCUAUGUCACCGUCUCUGUCCGCAACGAAUCGAGCAAAAAGAUCAAGUCACUGAGCCUGACCUUGAUCAGAAGCAACAAGCUCCAUCGGCCGGCGAGUCUGACAGGCGACGAUGUGGGUAGAAUCCAAGUGGUCAAGAAGAAGCUCAUCGAGAGCGUUCUCGAGAUGGGCAAGAAGGCUCAGCGAGGCGAGGUGACGGCAAAAGGAUCAUGGCUGGGCGUUUCGAGUGGCGAGACGGCCCAAUGCACCCACUCGAUCACAAUUCCUCCCGAAUGCUUGUCCAUCUCUCACGGGAGAUACCUCGAAGUGGCCUAUUCGAUCAAGGUCGCCGUUGCCGGCUCACUGUCCGCCGAAGUCAGUGCAGAGCUGCCUGUCAGGAUCAUCAACUUUGUCUCCAUCGAUCCUCCGCCUGGUCACCACGAAGCGGCCAAAGCGCUCGAGAGAGCAGUCAGGCCGAUGUCAUCAGAGUCUGGCUCCGUACCAACGUCGCCCACCAAGCGAGCCGUCAACCUCGCACGACUCGAAUCUGGCGAUUCGAUGCCAUUGUCUGAUCUUCAAAUUGCAUAUCAGCAGGCCAUGUCCCGCACAGAUUCUGCGGGUACAGGCAAGUCGGACAAGAUCGAGGCAGAAGUAGAGGCUGCGACGCCAGGACGGCCACGCAGUCUGGCGAGUAAGUCUAGCCGACAAAGCUUGGCAGGCCCGUCAAGAAGCUUGCGAGUAGACGAUCGCAAGCGAGAGGUCGAUGAACUUGAUUUUAUCCUCAGCGCAUCGCAAGCUACAUCUCAGUACUACGAUGAAGGUACCAUUGAUCAGUUCGUUUCAAGUCUGCGCCGCAGCGACGCAGAGGACGCACAAGUUAGAGCGCAGGCCAACAUGCCAACGCCGCUACCUCGUCUAGCUGUACCUGCAGAAGCCAUGCCAAGCAUGCAGCGUCGCGGCAGUGCGACCCUGGGCUUCGCCUUGGCGACACCGGCUACCCCGCUCAGAGUAUCGCCAGAUACUGGAACGCGCAGAGUCAGUAGACAAUUGCCGCAGCCACCCACGGAUCAGUCACCGCGAAUCGUCGUUCGAAAGGCAUCCGAGUCUGUCAAGCCUGAAAUUGGUCAGAGCCAGCCUCGCUUGCGUCAUCACUCUUCGCAGGGCAUGCUCGCUUCAGCGUCACAGCCAGUGCGCGUUCGUCCUUCGCUAUCACGCGAGUCGUCAGCGGGCAGUAAGUCGCCAGGACUGGAAUCUGCGCCUUGCAGCUCCAACCCGUCAUCGUCAUCAAUGUCGAGCGCACAAACGCCUGAUUCACGCCACUUCGCCCUGCCGACGCUCACUUCCGACAACCUGCACUCGAACGCUGCGAGUAGGCGCAGUUUGUCGCACGCAGUAUCUGUUGGCAACUUAUCGGCGGCAGCGAGAGGCUUUACUGAUCAGCCCGUCCGCGCAAAGGUCAAAGAUUUUCAGCCAGAAGCGGUCAACGAGUUCAAGAUGAGCAGACAGCCGUCCUUGGCUUCGACGAUCGAUUGGAGUGGCCAGCUGACCCGCGCAAGAAGUAUGAACUUCAAUGCACCGCUGCUCAGACAGCCGCGCCAGUGAUCAUGACAUGUGUCACUAGCAUCGCAUAUGUAAUUGAUACGCCCGCACAUGCAUAGUCCUCACGAAUUUACAUCAUGUCGCAUAUUCGAGGCCGAGAUCUCUGGCGCUCGAAUGCGGUGGAGACUGUCCGUCCUCAAAGUCCUGAGACGAUGCCAUUGAGGC